AUGGGUGAGAGCGCCCCCGCGCAGCGUCGGGCGCAACUUCCAGGUCUCAGUGCGGGAGUCGGCGCGCGGCUUCCCGCCCCAGCGCGGGGCCGCAUGAAGACCAUGGACAAGCAGCGUCUGUUGGGCGCCGGGUCCGGAGCGCGGUCUGAUAUGGGAUCUCUGUGGCAGAAUGAGGCUGGCUGGAUUUCUGUGUCACGACCUGAGCUGGACUUGCCAUCCAUUGAGCUGAACGUGGAGAACAGUCACUACUGCCACUCCCAGAAGGGUCCUGGCAGUCACGGUGACCCCAAGAAGGAGCGGGCCCGGCGCCAGCUCUAUGUGGCCUCUGCCAUCUGCCUGGUGUUCAUGAUUGGGGAAGUCGUUGGUGGGUACCUAGCACACAGCUUGGCAAUCAUGACUGAUGCAGCCCAUCUGCUCACUGACUUUGCCAGCAUGCUCAUCAGCCUCUUCUCUCUCUGGAUGUCCUCCCGGCCAGCCACCAAGACCAUGAACUUCGGCUGGCAGCGAGCUGAGAUCCUGGGAGCCCUGCUGUCUGUGCUGUCCAUCUGGGUGGUGACUGGGGUGCUGGUGUACCUGGCAGCAGAGCGGCUAAUCUCUGGGAACUACGAGAUCGAGGGGAAGACCAUGCUGAUAACAGCGGGCUGCGCCGUGGCCGUGAACAUCAUAAUGGGAUUGACUCUUCACCAGUCUAGCCACGGACACAGCCACGGCCAAGGGCACGGACACAGCCACGGCCAAGGGCACAGCCACGACACCACCCAGCAGCAGGAGAACCCCAGCGUCCGAGCUGCCUUUAUCCAUGUGAUCGGAGACUUGCUGCAGAGUUUGGGCGUCCUGGUGGCAGCCUAUAUUUUAUACUUCAAGCCAGAGUACAAGUACGUAGACCCACACUGUUCAUCCGGCUUUCUUGUGCUCCAGGUCUUGGGAUCAUGGGUCUCUGUGUGGGAGGCAGUGCCCCUCAGCCCCAUCCUGUCCCCAGGUACCCCCAAGGGCGUGGACUUCACAGCUGUGCGGGACCUGCUGCUGUCAGUGGAGGGGGUGGAAGCCUUGCACAGCCUGCACAUCUGGGCACUGACUGUGACCCAGCCUGUGCUGUCUGUCCACAUCGCCAUUGAAUCUAGCAGCCCCAUGCCUUCCAAGGGAGAGCCUUCUCAGCACCCCCAGCUGUGA